GAAUACAGAGGGAUGUAUUUCUACAGAGCUACUUCUCCAUUAGCCUACUUGCUCGUGGGCAUCUCAGAGUUUGAGAGGCUAAAACUUUAGGAUGAAGAAGGGACCUUGGCUAGACUACUCCAUGGGGCGCCCCCGGUUCACCCCACAUCAUUUGUUAUCUACUGCUUUUAUGAAACAGAGAAGAAUGGGGCUGAAUGACUUCAUUCAGAGGCUGGCCACUAGCAACUCCUACACCUGCAAACAUCCUGAGGUUCAGUCCAUCCUCAACUUGGCUCCCCAACAACAGGAGGCUGAACUCAUGAACGCAAACCCCUCUCCCCCUCCCAGUCCCUCCCAGCAGAUUAACCUGGGCCCGUCCUCCAACCCCACAGCCAAGCCCAGUGACUUCCACUUCCUGAAGGUGAUAGGGAAGGGUAGCUUCGGGAAGGUCCUCCUGGCCAGGCACCGAACAGACGACCAGUUCUACGCUGUUAAGGUGCUGCAGAAGAAGGCCAUCCUGAAGAAGAAAGAGGAGAAACACAUCAUGUCUGAGAGGAACGUCCUGUUGAAGAACAUUAAACACCCCUUCCUGGUGGGUCUACACUACUCCUUCCAGACCGCUGAUAAACUCUACUUUGUACUGGACUACAUUAACGGAGGAGAGUUGUUCUACCAUCUUCAGAGGGAGCGGUGUUUCCUGGAGCCCCGGGCCAGGUUCUAUACAGCGGAGAUCGCCAGCGCCCUAGGCUACCUCCACUCUCUAAACAUUGUGUACAGAGACCUGAAGCCUGAGAAUAUUCUACUGGACUCACAAGGUCACAUCAUUCUCACGGACUUCGGGCUCUGCAAGGAGAACAUAGAACAGAACGGAACCACGUCAACGUUCUGUGGAACUCCAGAGUACCUAGCUCCAGAGGUGUUACACAAGCAGCCGUAUGACAGGACGGUUGACUGGUGGUGUUUAGGAGCCGUGCUUUAUGAGAUGCUGUAUGGCCUGCCUCCGUUCUACAGCCGUAACACAGCAGAGAUGUAUGACAACAUCCUGAACAAACCCCUGCAGCUCAAACACAACAUCUCUAACGCUGCAAGGCACAUACUGGAGGGACUGCUGCAGAAAGACCGCACACACCGACUGGGACACAGCCACGACUUCGAGGAGAUCAAGAACCACAUGUUCUUCUCCCCCAUCAACUGGGAUGACCUGACCGCUAAGAAGCUCACCCCCCCUUUCAACCCAAAUGUGACGGGCCCUAACGAUCUUCGUCACUUUGACCCAGAGUUCACAGAGGAGCCCGUCCCCUCUUCCAUUGGCUGUUCCCCUGACUCCUCCCUCAUCACUGCCAGCAUCACAGAGGCAGCCGAGGCCUUCCUAGGGUUCUCCUACGCACCCUCCAUGGACUCAUACCUGUAGGAUAUCAUACCUAUAGACCAGAACCUAUAGGACAAUGUAUAGAGUCUUAACUAUAGACACACCCUCUAUGUACUCCUACCUAUAGGACAUCAUGUGGACUCCUACCUACAGUGGCUUGCGAAAGUAUUCACCCCCCUUGGCAUUUUUCCUAUUUUGUUGCCUUACAACC